GGCUUUGUCAGGGCCAGCAGUGUGAUGCACCUCCGGGAGCAGCUCACGGACAAGGGCCAGUGCUCCAGCUUUACCAAUGCUGAGAAAGAUCCUGAGGAGUUCCUCAAUCUCAUAAUGCAGCAGAUCCUGGGAAUUGAGCCACUUUUGAAACUCCAGUCAGGAGGCCAGAAGGAGCAGGAAUGUUACUGCUACCAGAUAUUUAUGGAUAAACAGGAGGAUCUGGUGGUUCCCGACGUACAGCAGUUGGUGGAACGCUCCUUCCUCUCCUCAGAUCUGAAGCUGGUGGAGAUCCCAUCUUGCUUCAUUAUCCAAAUGCCACGUUUUGGGAAGGAAUAUAAAAUGUUCAGCAAAAUCAUCCCUUCUUUGGAGCUGGAUAUAACAGAUCUGCUGCUGGACAGUCCCAGGGAAUGCUGCCUGUGUGGAGAUGUUGCCACUCUGGAAUGCUCGGAGUGCUUCAAGGACAAGGUGUUCGCAGCCAGGGGCCUGAAGCAGUUCUGCAGCUCCUGCUCCAGACAGGUUCACUCCCAUCGCCGCCGCAAAGCGCACAAACCCAGGAGGCUGCACAUUCCAGAGGAAUUCCAGAGCUGGAGCGCCCGGGGCUGCCAGCAGGUGCCACGGGAGAAGCUGGAGCUGUUUGCAGUGCUCUGCAUCGAGACCAGUCACUACGUAUCCUUCGUGAAGUACGGCCCUGCCAACGAGCACUGGAUGUUCUUCGACAGCAUGGCCGACCGGCACGGUGGUGAAAACGGCUUCAACAUCCCCACGGUGACGCUGUGCCCGGAAGUUGCCAAAUACCUGGACUUGCCCCUGGCUGUGCUGGCCCUGGAGCAGCCUCGGGACAUGGAUGGGGUGGCCAAACGCCUCUUUUGUGACGCCUACAUGUACCUGUACCAGAGCAGGAAAAUGGCACUUUACAAGUGACACCGUCAGCAAUGGGAGCUUGGAUCAUCCCAGAAGGAUGGAACUGGAAGCAGCCGAGCCUGGAUGCUCUGAGCUGCCUCUUCUCGCCUCUCUUGGUGUCAAAUUAUCCAAGACAGGCUGGGUUUGUUAAAUCCUGGCUUUAUCAAGUGGUGGUUGGGCGUUGGGCACAGCUGGACGUGGAGUUAUUGAUGCUCAAAUUCGUUCUCAUUCCCCACAUUCCAUAAUUUUCCCUCUCUGGGUACUCUGCAGCUGGAGCAUCCCCACAUCUUUGUUUCCCUGCCAUCCUUUCCCUCCAAAGCUGGGGACCAGCAGAAUUCAAAACACAAGGAAUUAUCCACAGGUUUACCAGGAAACCACAACCUUUCCUAAGACAUCCUCACCUGGAUUUGUGGAGUGAGGAAAAUCAGGUCAGGAUCCAUUUUCCUCACCUCAAUUCCCUGCACUUCCCUUAUCCAGCACAAACUGUCACUUUUACCCACCAUCCCUAAUUUCCGAUCACAGACAUCCCGAGCUGAAGCUAUGCUUUAAAAACAGAUUUUUUUUCCAAGAACAAAACUGGGAGGAGGAUGGGAGCAGAGGAGCAACAUCUGGGCUCCUGCUGCUUCCUCCUCUUGGCAAAAUCUGCACAGGAUUCAGUGUUACAUCCUCACUUUUAGCACUUUCUGUCCCAUCUUUGCAUCCACUUCCAAGUCUGCACAGGAUUCAGUGUUAGAUCCUCACUUUUAGCACUUUCUGUCCCAUCUUUGCAUCCACUUCCAAGUUCUGGGGUCAAAGACCAGAAUUCCAGGGGCAAAAAUCGAAAAAAAAAAAAAAAAA